AUGGAAGAGGACCGAAGACCAGUCGUGGCUCUGGACGUGCUCUGUGCAUGGGAGGAGGCUAGCCGAGGCUUUGGAGGAAGAUCCUUCACGGGAAGUCGACCAGUAUGGUUCUGUGCCUCAGAUGGAACUGAUGGAAUGACAGAACAGCAGCCCAACCUCACCAAUGCUAAUGAUGCAGGCACCUCAGGAUUCGUUUUGCCUGGAGUCUUUACCUUGAUGGGGUUGGAGCGACACCCACAAGGAGGGACAGGAAGGUUAUUGGCCUUGGUGGCUGGGGCUCAGAAACCGCAGAAACUGCAGCCGCCUCCAGACUACGAUUCCCAGAAGGCCUCGCUCACCCGAGGUGCCUUUUUCCAAGCUCCGGGACGUAGGGAACGGGGCGAUCCCUCUGACGUCACGUCCGCCCUGCUUCCUCAGCUGUCCAGCUCGAAUUGGGGUUGUCUUCUUGCCUUCCCUGCCCUGAAUCGACCCCAAACGGUCUUUGCCUUCUGCAGUCUCUACCCUGCCCCAGUAGGUGGGAGCCUUGAGGAAGAGGGAAUGGCUCCUGUGCUGAGAACUAGGCCCAGAAAGGAAUCAGUGACAUUUCAGGAUGUAGCUGUGGAAUUCACCUUGGAGGAGUGGAUACAUUUAGACCCCUCUCAGAAAAAGUUAUACAGGGAUGUCAUGCUGGAGAACUAUAGGAACUUGGUAUCUUUGGGAUUUGCAGUUUCCAAACCCAAUGUGAUCUACCAGUUGGAAAGAAAGGAAGCAUCUUGGAUGCCAGAGGCAGAUAUUCCAAGAAGCAGCUGUCCAGGGAGAAAAGAAUUUUCUGGAAAGAAAUCUUUUGAAUGUAGUGAAUGUGGGAAGGCCUUCAGUAGUAAGAAACAACUUACUGUGCACCAGAGCAUUCACACUGGAAAGACACUUUAUGUAUGUAAAGAGUGUGGGAAGGCUUUCAUCUACAAAUCAGAACUUCGUCUGCAUCAGAGAAUUCAUACUGGAGAGAAACCUUGUGAAUGUAGUGUAUGUGGGAAGGCCUUCAGUAGUAAGUCAAGUCUUGCUGUGCACCAGAGAAUUCAUACUGGAGACACACCUUAUGAAUGUAGUGAAUGCAGGAUGGCUUUCAAGACUAAGGGACAUUAUGUUUUUCAUCAGAGAAUUCAUACUGGAGAGAAACCUUAUGAAUGUAGUGAAUGUUCCAAGGCCUUCAGGAGUAAGACACAACUUACUGUGCAUCAGAUAAUUCAUACUGGACAGAAACCUUAUGAAUGUCAUGAGUGUGGAAAGGCCUUUAGGAGUAAGACAGAUGUUAAUGUGCAUCAGCGAAUUCACACUGGAGAGAAACCUUACAAAUGUAAUAUAUGUGGGAGCUCCUUCAGGAGGAAGCCACGUCUUACUGUGCAUUAUAGAAUUCAUACUGGAGAAAAACCUUAUGAAUGUAGUGAAUGUGGGAAGGCCUUCAGAGGAAAGACACAACUGACUGUGCAUCAGGGAAUUCAUAGUGGAGAGAAACCUUAUGAUUGUAGUGAAUGUGGCAAGGCCUUUAGGAGUAAGACACAACUUACUGAACAUCAGAGAGUUCAUACUGGAGAGAAACCUUAUGAUUGUAGUGAAUGUGGGAAGGCAUUCAGGAGUAAGACACAACGUACUGAACAUCAGAGAAUUCAUACUGGAGAGAAACCUUACAUAUGUAAUGUAUGUGGGAAGACCUUCAGGAGGAAGCCACGUCUUACUGUGCAUCAGAGAAUUCAUACUGGAGAGAAACCUUAUGAAUGUAUUGACUGUGGGAAGGCCUUCCGGAGGAAGGAAAAGCUCAAUAAGCAUCAGAGAAUUCAUACUAGAGAGGGGCCUUAUGAAUGUCGUGAAUGUGGGAAGACUUUUUUACAGAGUACACAACUCUAUGGCCAUCAGAGAACUCAUACAUGAGAGAUUCCUCAUGAAUAUAAAGGGGUGGGGGGAAAUACCAUCACAACUUGGAUUUUAUUGAAUGUCAGGUAAUUUAUACAGGUUAAGGUCCUUAUGAAUAUGGAAAGGUCUUUUAGAGGAAACUACAAUUUACUGCAUAUCAGAGCAAUCAGGAUAGAAAACUUAUGAAUGUAGUAAAUUUGGGAAGGCCUUCAGUUUUAAGGUAUAAUUUACUGUGCAUUGAAAAUUCAUACUAGGAAGAUAUUUUGGAUAUUAGGAGUAUGGGAAGGCCUUCAAAUACAGCUCAGAAUUUACUGGACAUCACAGAAUUCAUCCUGAAGAGAAUGAAUGAAUUAUGAAUACACUGUACAUGGGCAGACCUUCCUCCUGAUUUUAGAACUUACUCAGUAUCAGAGCACUGAUACUGGAGAAAGACCUUAGGAAUGUAAUGAAUGUGGAUGACUUAGCCUGAGGACACAAUUUACUGAGUAUCAAAGAAUCUAUUCUGGAGAGAAACCUUAAGAGUUUUGUAAUGCAUGUGGGAAAGCAUUUUGACUGAGGAUGUUCUCCUGAUGUCUAUCAGAGCAUUCAUACUCUAAAAGCUUUGUGAAUGUAAGGAAAGUGGGAGGAUCCCCUAGCUGUGUAGAUUAUGAUUCUGAGUUCUUAUAUGAAGUUCUAAGAGUCCUAAUUUAGCCCCCAGGAAAGGAGAUAUCCCUCCCAUCUUCAGAGCCCUCUAAGGGGAGAAAGAUUAAUGUUUUUCUCCCAUGGGUCUUUUAGUAUGGAGAGGAUUUGGUGGUAGAGCCAGAGGAUACUGAGUGGGUAGUGGUAUUGGGAGAGCCCAAGUUUGAUGCCUGGGCAGGUGGCAUGCAGGAGGCAUAUGGAUGACCUCUUGGCCAUCAGAUGGUCCUGAUGUAUGAUAAAUACUUGUUGACUGUUUAAGGAAUGUAUCAUAAUCUGAGCUGUGUUCCUGGUGUUGCUUCUGCUCAUAUUUAUCAGAGUAGCCACUGAACUAUGAAGAUUUGGAAUCAUAUUACUCUUUUAAAAGCCUACAAAGGGCCUGUGGCAGAUGUUGAAGCUGUAUCGCUUCUGCCCAGUGUUCUGAAUAUCUAAGUGAAGGAAAUCAGUGAAGUGCUGUUAAACAGCAGUAGUAGCUAAUACUCUUUUAAGGUAGCCAUGGGCCUUGUCAUUUAACUGGUGAUAUAUGAAAUGUAGAAUAGGAUUCUGAUUCUGGUGAAAGGAUAUAAAUGGGAUUUUCAGAAGAAGAAAUCAAAGCUAACAAUUGUCUUAAGAAAAAAUGCUCUAAAUCACUUUUGAUUAGAGAAAUGCAAAUGAAAAGAACUCUGAAAUACCCCCUCACACCUAUCAGUUUGGGUGACAUAAUAAGGAUAGGAUAGAUAAGGAAAGUGACUGAUUCUGGAGGGGAUAUGGAAAAAUACAGAUACUAAUGCAGAGUUCAAACCUGAUCCAGCCUAUUAUGGUGAAUAUUUUAGAACUGUCCCCUCAGGCCUAUAAAAUAAUGCAUUCCCCUUUCCUAGCUGUAACACUACUUGAAAUACAUGCCAAAGAAAUUGAAAGAAAAGGACUUCUGUGUACAAAAAUAUUCAUAGCAGCUCUUUUUGUGGUACCAAAAUAUUGGAAAUUGAGGGGAUGCUUCUCAUUUGGGGAAUGGCUGGUUAAGUUGUGGUUUAUGUUUGGAAUGGAAUACCAUUUUGCUGUAAGAAAUGAAAGAUGGGUAACUAGAUGGCUCAGUGGAUAGAGCACUGUGCCUGGGGUCACUAAAAUCUGAAUUCAAAUAGGGCCUCAGCCACUUACUAGCUCAGUGACUAUGGAGAAGUCAUUUAAGCUGUAUUUGCCUUAAGCUACUGGAGAGGGAAAUUGCAAAGCCAUUUCAUUAUCUUCCCCAAGAUAACCCCUAUAAUGGGACUGGGGACUUUAUUGAACCACUAAACAACAACAUCAUGAGGGGUGUGGUUUCAGAAAAACCUGUGAAAAUCCAUAUGAAUUGAUACAGAAUGAAGGGAGCAGAACCAGGUGGUAAUUGUACACAGCAACAGCAAGAUUUUAAUGAUCGUUAAUUACUGAAGACUUAUCUACUGUGAUCAAGAUCAAUCCAAAGGACUCAUGAUGAAACAUACUAUGUAUCCCCAGAGAGGAAACUGAAGAACUCAAUGUAAACUGAAGUAUAAUUUUUUCUCAUUUUCUUUGUUUUUCUUACUGAUUUUGUACAUGGUUGGUAUAGAAAUUUUUUGUAUUAUUUCAUGUGUUAAAUAUUAUGUUCUUUGCCUUAUCAGUGGGUGAUGGAGGGCCUAGAAAGAGAAUUUUGGAACUCAAAAUGUUAAAAAGGAUGUUCAAAAUGUGUAGUUUUUUUUUUAUUUAAGUGAUUAAAAAAUAUUU